CUGCAACUGUUGUGUCCGCUUCAGGCUUCCGUAGCGCAGCGUCAUCCCUAUCUCAUCCAAGGUAAAACCAAAAAAACAACAUGUGUGGUAUAUGGGCCUUGUUUGGCAGUGAUGAUUGCCUGUUAACUCAGAGCAAAAGUUCCAAGAAGAUCGCACACAGGGGUCCGGAUGCUUUCCGUUUGGAAAAUGUCAACGGUUUCACCAACUGCUGCUUCGGCUUCCACCGUUUGGCCAUCGUGGACCAGCUGUACGGGAUGCAGCCGCUACGCAUUAAGCGUUUCCCUUACCUCUGGCUCUGUUAUAACGGCGAAAUCUACAACCACCAUCGGCUGAAAAAGCACUUUGAGUUCGAGUACCAGACCAAAGUGGACGGAGAGAUCAUCCUCCACCUGUACGACCGCUUUGGCAUUGAGAAGAUGGCGUCGCUGCUGGACGGCGUGUUCGCAUUCGUGCUGCUGGACACCGCCAACAGGAAGGUCUUCCUGGGGAGAGACACAUACGGCGUCAGACCUUUAUUCAAGAUGCUGACUGAAGAUGGCUUCCUCGCCGUGUGUUCAGAAGCCAAAGGUCUGACUGAGAUCGCAGACUCCAUGUCGACCCCUAAGGUGAAGAUCACCCCGUUCCUUCCAGGCCACUUCGAGGUGUUUGACCUGAAGCUUAACGGAAAGGUGGAGUCCAUUGAGCUAGACCGGUUCCACCACUGCACACAAGAGCCCAAACAUGCUGCCUACGAUGGCAUCAAGAACCUUGGCAAGGGUUUUGCUCCAGAGACGGUAAAGAGCAACAUCAGGAUCCUGUUUGAAAACGCUGUGAGGAAGCGCCUCAUGGCUCACAGGAGGAUCGGAUGCCUUCUCUCAGGUGGUCUGGACUCCAGCCUUGUCGCUGCUACACUUGUUAAGCUAGCUAAAGAGGAGCAGCUGCAGUAUCCCCUUCAGACCUUUUCUAUCGGGACACAAGACAGUCCGGACAUUUUGGCUGCACGGAAGGUUGCAGACCACAUAGGCAGUGAUCACCACGAGGUGAGUUUCACCCCAGAGGAAGGCAUCCGCAGUCUGGAGGACGUUAUUUACCACCUGGAGUGUUACGACAUUACCACAGUGCGCGCGUCAGUUGGCAUGUAUCUGAUCUCGAAAUAUAUCCGAGAGAAGACGGACAGCGUGGUGAUUUUCUCCGGCGAGGGAUCUGACGAACUGACGCAGGGCUACAUCUACUUCCAUAAGGCUCCGUCGGCUAAAGCCGGAGCUGAGGAAAGCGUGCGUCUGCUGGAGGAGCUGUAUCUGUUCGACGGGCUGAGAGCAGACAGGACCACGGCAGCACACGGGUUGGAGCUGAGAGUUCCUUUCCUGGACCACAGGUUCACUGCCUACUACCUCUCUCUGCCUGAGGACAUGAGGACACCCAAGGACGGCGUGGAGAAGCAUCUGCUGAGGGAAGCGUUCAAAGGACUGAAUCUGAUCCCAGACGAGAUUCUGUGGAGACGUAAAGAGGCUUUCAGUGACGGUCUGAUGUCCUUGAAGAAAUCCUGGUACACGAGCCUACAGGAGCACAUCGAGUCUAAGGUGAACGACUCUGACUUGGAGAACGCGGCGUCGUUGUUCCCCUACAACACGCCCACUACCAAAGAAGGCUUCUUCUUCAGGCAGAUCUUUGAGAAACAUUACCCUGGACGUGUAGAAUGGACGCCGCAUUACUGGAUGCCUCGCUGGAUCAAAGCUACCGAUCCGUCCGCCAGAACGCUGUCCAUUUACAAACAGGAUAAAGAUCAGCUUUAAUCUGAUAAAGUCUUUCUCACAUAAACACCGGGGCCUGUUUUCAUAAAGAUGCUCCUAGUGACAAAGUCUAAAAAGUUUCCCCUUAAAGUUCUAAUAAAAAGAUAUUAAUUAGAAAUAGAAUUUCUUUUUUUUUAAAAGAUAUCUAGAAAAGUUAUUCAUAAAGUACCUUAACCCUUAAGAGCUCUAAAAGCCAAAUAAUGCCAGAGGAGAAAAUGGCCGAAAGGCAAAGAGGGAGAAGAGAUGUGUUGUAUACAAUAUUUAAUAACAAUAGUGAGUUAAUAAGACGCUACAGAUUAGAUCGUGUAGGGAUUAUUUUUAAUUGUUUACAUUUACAUUUAUAACAUUUAUUACAUGCAGAUGUUAGAACAUCUCUAAUAUGAUCUCGGUCACCAACGUAAUCUCUACAUGAUAUAACCUCAGAUACAUUAACAUAGAGACAAAGUGAAGUCUUAUAAUAGACCAGAGUUUAAAAGUGAUCAGUGCCUUUUCUAACAAAACUGAACGUUUAAAAUCUUUCUGAUGUCAGGAAUAACGCACUCAGGGACCUUCUGUUACAGGAAAAUAAUCCACAUGAUGUCCCUGCUGAUUAUUUUCCAGUCCCAGCACUUCUCAGUGUGUUUUAUUCCUCUGAUAUAGAUAUUCUUCUUCCUGUCAGCACUGACAACUAUAAAGAAGUGAAAGAUAAGAAAUGACAAAGAAAAACAUCAGAAGUUUUUGUUAUUUCUGAAAGUUCAGACACUGGAGACUCAAAAGGUUUUAACAGUAAACUUCAUUUUUUUUCUCCGUCUAUCUUUUUCUCUCUUUCUUUCUCUUGUGCACUCUCUCUCUCUCUCUCUCUCUCUCUCUCUCUCUCUCUCUCUCUCUCUCUCUCUCUCUCUCUUUCGAUCUCUUGUGCUUUCUCUUUCUCUCUGUUUCUCUUUCUUUUGCUCUCUCUCUCUCUUUCUCUCUCUCUUUCUCUCUCUUGUGCUCUCUCUCUUUCGAUCUCUUGUGCUCUCUCUCUCUCUCUCUUUCUCUCUCUCUCAUGCUUUCUCUCUCUCUUUCUCUCUUGUGCUCUCUCUUUCGAUCUCUUGUGCUCUCUCUCUCUCUCUCUCUCUCUCUCUCUCUCUCUCUCUCUCUCUCUCUUGUUCUCUCUCUCUCUCUCUCAUUUUUCAUCUCUUGUGCUCUCUCUUUCUCUCUCUUGUGCUUUUUCUCUCUCUCCUCUUGUGCGCUCUCUUUCUCUCUCUCUCUCUCGUGCUCUCUCUUUCUCUCUUGUGCUCUUUCUCUCUCUCUUUCUCUUGUGCGCUCUCUCUCUCGUGCUCUCUCUUUCUCUCUCUUGUGCUCUUUCUCUCUCUCCUUCUCUUGUGUGCUCUCUUUCUCAUGCUCUCUCUUUCUCAAGCCAAAAGAACCCUUUAGAUUUACAACUUUUUUUCUACUAAAUAAUCCUUUCCAACACUUAUUUGUUUUACCUUUUUAUUUUUUUAUUUAUUUGACCCAUUUUAGUUUUAACGACCUUCUUCAAGCUGCCUAGUAAUGUGUACGAAUAUCUUAAAGCAGUAAAUCCAGAGCUCUUGUCCUUGUUGUUUAUAACCCCAUGGUCUUGUCAUGGUCAAGCUCUCCAAAAUGUUAAAAAAAGUGUUUUAUUUUGAUUUAGUAAUGCUCAUAAUGUUCAGGGCAAGAUAACGAUCCAGCAUUUUCACCAUGUGCGAAAAGACAAAUUAUUUUUUUCUUCAGUAUUUUAUUUUCUUCAGUUUUUCUCAUUUCUAGCAUUCUACUGUCCUCUACAUUAUAACGCCUGCUCUUCUUUUACACCGUCCUGUGUUUGUGUUUAAUGACAAGAAAUUUAUAGUGUAACUAAAUGAGCUUAAUUGUUGGUACUGUAGCUGUUGAUUCUGCACAAAUUACUACAUUAAUGCUGUAAUAGGAGGGGAAAAUUCUAAUUAUUAACAAAUAAAAAAAAAUUUGGUUUCAUA